UUCUUUAUUCUACAAUAAACAGCCAAAUGCUUAGAAAACUGUUACAGCUAAAGUGUUUCAUGCAUUUUUGUUUUGAUAUCAAAGUUUCCACCUGAUUUCCACUUCCAACUGUGGCCGUGUCUCUGUGUUUAUGAUGCUUUUAUGUUUUCAUGAUGCAAAGCGCUUUGAACCGCCUUGCUGCUGAAAUGCACGGUUCACCCUGACUUAUUUUGAAUAUCCUGUGAAAUGUCGUUUGCGGUCCAGCUUCAGUCCAACUUCUCUGCUGAGCUGCCGUAUGAGGAGUUCCUGGAGAGAGCGAUCGCCUUCACCCUGUGCACCAUCCCUGCCUGCGUGUUUCUCUUCGUUAACUGCACCAUGCUGUUCACUCUCAGGAGCAAAGCCAUGUUUUGUGUCACCUGUCGGUAUAUCCUGCUGUUUAACCUCCUGUUUGCAGAUACUGUACAUUUGGUACUAUGUCAGGUCCUCUUCCUGCUCUCUGCCUGUGGAAUUAGACUCACGUAUCCGGUUUGUGGCACGCUGACCAUUUUGGCCAACUUCACCAAUGUGGCCGCUCCUCUCACGCUGAUGGUGAUGUCUCUGGAGCGCUACGUAGCCGUGUGCUUCGCGCUGAGGCACGCUACCAUCGUCACCAUCAGAAACACACGGCUGGCGGUCGCUGCGGUUUGGACUAUCUGCUCUUUACACGAUACCCUGCGUGUUAUUUUGGUGCUGGACUUUCCGUUUGAGGACCUGGAGAGUCUGCAGAUGAACGAUGUGUGCUCUGAUCUCACCAUGUGGCUUGGAUCCAGGUCCAAAACUUAUGAUAACGCUUUCACUGGUUUGCUGUUUGUUUCAGCCGCCGCAGUAAUCAUUUUAUCCUACACUGGCGUAAUUAUAGCAGCCAGGUCAGCGUCCACGGGCAAGGCUUCGGCGCUGAAGGCUCGUAAAACCCUGAUGCUGCAUUUGGUGCAGUUAUGCCUUAUUUUGUCCGCAACUAUUUACAGCCCAAUGCUUCUGGCUCUUAGAAAGAUUGUUACGCAUGUGGUGUUUUCACGGCUGCAUAGAUUUCUUUAUGUAUUGAUGAUUUUAUUCCCCAGGUGUCUGAGCUCUCUGAUUUAUGGCCUGAGAGAUCAGGCUAUCAGACCUCUUCUUCUGGGCCACCUCUGUUGUCGACUGAAACGUAAAACUGCUGCAGUCAGCGGCUGAGAAGUUCAGAGUUUGUCAAGGCUUUCAUAUGUGUGCAAGAAGUUAAGACAGUCAUGCAGUUUUCAGAUUAAUUCAUCCCUUAUAGAAAGAUGUGUUAAAAAAUGUAAUCAACUAAACUCUUGUUUUAAUGCUUUUUCUGUUGUG